AAUGUAGUAGAACAAAGAGAAGAGAGAUUAAGAUUCGAAGAGGAGGAGGAGGAGGAUGAGUCGGAAGGAAGAGUCACACUACCUACGCCGACAAAGCUUGGUUAUUCAAUGAGGCACAGUCAAAGACGGGAAAAAUAAUGACGAAGGAUCGACGCGAUCUGAAGCGGCGCAGUUGGACAUUUCUAUCAUAUGAGGAACAUCACACGCGAGUUCAUCAAGCAGUAACAGUAGCAGGCAGCAGAGAGGGCGAUGCUGCUGUGCCGCAAAUAGCAACAAUUUGGCUAGUCUGAUCGUAGUAGAAACCUUGGAAGUGUAGCCAGCACCUGCAGUACAUGAAAUGGAACGUAAUAGUGCGCCAAUCGCGACAGCAGCAACACCAACAGAAACAACGACAAUAACAUCACCGAUUCAUCACACACCGACAACAUUCUCUCUCUCCCACUCUCUCACUCCCCAGCCACACGACCUCUCCUACUUCCGAUUCCUCCUCCUCCGCCUCCUUCUGCUCGUCACAAGAGGAGACUCAAAUAAGCGCCAUCAGUCUCCAGCUUGGCCGCGUCACACUGAUAUCACUCCCGAAUGCAGCAUGGGAAGCGAAAUGACAGAGACGAGUACUUUGCGACCUCGUGCGCGGCCCGCUCGGAAGGAACGGCACACUUUUUAUGCCCAUGAACUUCAACUGCGCUCCAGUCCUCUGCGAUCAGAUCAGAUAUACCUAGGUAUACAACAUUCGCGCCUCAGAGUCACCAGUCUCCGGACAUACUACACGUCAGGUCUCGCUGGCAUGUGCGGGUUUCUCCAUCGUGAGCAGCAUCCUGCCGUCUCAUCUCCCCGAGAACCUCAUCGUGAGCCACAUCGACGGACCGGAUAUCUGCCAGAAGCGCCCAUGGUGUCUUUCUAGCCGAAAGCCUAUCCACCACCAUCGCCCAUUUGAUCCCAUCACCUCUGCACGAUCUUCGACAUCUCAUCGGUUAGAAAAGCAUGACAACACAUAUGUGGCUGAUGCAGAGUCUAGACGUACAUCCGAGGUGGAGACAACUCGAUGGGGGAGAUCUUCUCA